UGCCAAAAUGGUGGUCAGGUACAAAGUGUUUUUGCAUGGUUUCGAAGGUGGUCACUCUAUAUGGGAUUACCUCCUAGUGCUCUUGCUCGUGAUGCUCUCUAGUUUUGCCGGGGUUUACAAUGAGAAACUCCUAAAGGGUCAGGACACAGCGAGCCCAAAUGUGCAGAAUAUGUUCAUGUAUAUAGUCUCUAUGGCUUGUAACGCUCUGGGGUUGAUGCUAAGAGGCUCAGGUUGGGGCCUCAUCACUGCAUUUUCAUCCGAGAAUCUCAAACCAAUACUUUCUUGGAAUAUUUUGGCGAUUAUUUUCAACGCCGCUAUAACGGGAGUUAUGACGGGCUUCUUCCUAAAGCAUCUGAAUUCAAUACUAAAGUCAAUAGCAGCAGCAAUUCAAGUGUGGACGGUAGCAAUAACCUCAUUUAUAGUGUUCGGAUAUCCGAUCGACUUGGGAGUAUUCCUUUCUCUAGUAUUG